UUAUUUUAAAGAUAUGACUAUGAAUAAUCAAAUAUUUAGGAUAUUUUAAAUAUUCUAUCAAGUCAUAAACAAUGAAUAAAUGUUAAUUUUGAUUAUUUACGAUCUAAUUCAUAAUAGAUAUACCACAUAAAAACAGAAUCAGUUUUUAUCGGUAAGCUAGAAAGGAAAAGUUAAUAUGUAUUAAUUAAAAAUAUAAAUGAAAACACAUUAAUUGAUUUAAUUGAUAAAAACAAAUUAAAAAUGGCUCUUAAAAGAAUUCAAAAAGAAUUAGCUGACCUUUCUAAAGAUCCCCCUUCUAAUUGCUCAGCAGGUCCUAUCGAUGAUAAAGAUUAAUUCCAUUGGUAGGCAACAAUUAUGGGACCAGAAGGCUCUCCAUAUCAAGGUGGAUUAUUUUCACUCAAUAUUCACUUUCCAACAGAUUAUCCAUUCAAACCACCAAAAAUUAACUUUGUUACUCGUAUCUACCACCCAAAUAUCAACCAAAAUGGAGCCAUUUGUUUAGAUAUAUUGAAAGAUCAAUGGUCACCAGCCUUAACAAUAAGCAAAGUUUUGUUAAGUAUUUCAUCUUUAUUGACUGAUCCAAAUCCAGACGACCCCUUAGUGCCAGAAAUCGCAAAUAUUUAUAAAACUGAUAAAUAGCGUUAUGAGGCAACAGCAAGAGAAUGGACUAGAAAGUAUGCAUCAUGAAGAUUCUAUGUAUAUGUUUUAUACAUUGCUAUAUAAUUAUCAAUUAUU